GAAAAUAAAGGCUAUAGUCUUUUUAUUUGUUUUGGUUAUGUUGAAAGUUUUGUUUGAGGAGUCUCAAAAUCGAAAAUGAAAGCAAUCUCGUUUGCUAUCUAGAUCCUGAUUAGGUUUAUUUUAAUUCUCAAUUAUUUAGCAGAAUAAACAUGGAUUGCUUACAAGUAUGGCACGAAGAUCCUGUACCAGAACUUGGUAAAUGUACCGAAAUCAAACCGACGAAAGAGUUGUCUCCUACCUCUUGUUCCGUAAUUUCCGAAUUAGGAAUCACUAGCAAUGCAGCGAACAGCACUUGCGACAAUUUAACGAAAGAAAACAAAGACCAACUAACAGCUGACCCGGAAAUUGCAAGCACAGAAAACAUGCACACGUUCGCGUUCCUCGCGAAAUCCUUUCCCAUUGCGGACGAGUUGAAGGUUCAUACGACUUCCUGUCACGAAUGCGACAUCUGCGGCAAAAGUUUCAAAAGCAAACACUAUCUCAGCGAACAUCGGCAAAUGCACACCGGCGGCAAGAUUCACAUUUGCGGUGUUUGUGGUAAAGAAUUCGCCAUCAAGGCUCACCUGAAAGGUCACGUUCGGUUACACACGAAGGACCGGCCAGUGAAGUGCAAACUUUGCAGCCUAGGUUUUCGAAAUAAUGGCGAUUUGGUGUCCCACAUGCGUCACCACACGGGAGAAAAACCUUACCGAUGCGACAUGUGUGGGAAAAGUUUCUCUCAAAGCGGUUCCCUAGGCAUCCACAAACGAACUCAGCACAAUCAGCUUGAAGCAUUCGAGAAACCUUAUAAAUGUGAAUUCUGCGACAAAAAAUACAACCGGAUGAAUCUGCUGCAAGAGCACAUUCGCACUCAUACGGCGGAAAGACCGCACCACUGUGAUAUAUGCGGGGAAAGUUUUUCCCGGAAAAGCAGUUUCAUACAUCACCGUAACGGGCACGCCGACGAGCUUAGCUGUGAGAUCUGCGGCUUUGGAAUUGUUGGUAAGCGUGCCCUAGCGGCCCACAUGCGACUACAUCUGGGACAGCGACCGCACGUGUGCGAUGUUUGCGGGAAAGAUUUUCGCAUCCGGAGUCGACUGCAGGAACACCUCGCAACGCAUACCGGUGGGCAGCGGUUACCCUGUCAGGUAUGCGGAAAGGUGUUGGCAACCCGAUCGAGCUAUAUCAAUCAUAUGCGGCUGCAUACGGGAGUACGGCCGCAUGUGUGUGGUUUUUGUGGUCGAGCUUUCAACAUGAGCCAUCAUUUGGUCAAACAUGUUAAGCGAUUGCAUGGGUUGGGAGCGGUGAGUGAGGGGGUGGUAGAAACGGCUUCGGGUGAUGGUUUUCUGGCGGAAUCCUGCUCGGCGCAGUUCAUCGCUAAUGGUCAUGUUGAAAAAAGAAGCGGACUAGAAGAAUUGAAAUGUAUGCCCACUUGCGAAAAUAAAGUUUAG